UUCUCCCCCCCGCCCCUCCCGUCGCCAUGUCCUCCCCUCAGGACUCGCCUCACCACAACAAUAACAACAACCUGCCGCCUGAGGGGACGCCUGCCGAGCCGGGCCUGAACAGCUCCUGGGUAGAGCUGCAGAUGAACGGAAAUGGCAACGACAAUGGCAAUGCAAAAAAUGGGGGGUUGGAACAUGUUCCUUCUUCAUCUUCCAUUCAUAAUGGAGACAUGGAAAAGAUCCUUCUAGAUGCUCAGCAUGAAUCAGGACAGAGCAGUUCAAGGGGUAGUUCUCACUGUGACAGCCCAUCUCCUCAAGAAGAUGGACAGAUAAUGUUUGAUGUGGAAAUGCAUACAAGUAAAGACAAUAGUUCUCAGUCUGAAGAGGAAGCUGUAGAAGGAGAAAAGGAGGUGGAGGUCUUGAAGAAAAGUGCUGACUGGGUAUCAGACUGGUCAAGUCGUCCUGAAAACGUUCCUCCCAAGGAGUUUCACUUCAGACAUCCUAAACGAGCAGUAUCUUUAAGUAUGCGCAAGAGUGGAGCCAUGAAGAAAGGUGGCAUUUUCUCAGCUGAGUUUUUAAAGGUUUUCAUACCAUCUCUGUUCAUAUCUCAUGUUUUGGCUUUGGGACUAGGCAUCUACAUUGGAAAACGACUGACCGCACCUUCAGCUAGCACAUAUUGAAAGAAGCUAUGCACAAACCCUGGAAAUCCUUGUGAGGUGUGAAGGUGUUGAUGUCACACUAGUACAUUUGAACGUGACAAUUUUGAGCAUGACCCUUCCCAGCCUCCACCUUGUCUUUACAUAUCCAGGUUCCAGUAACUCUUGGAAUUCAGUAUUGUAUUGGAACUCUGUGGGGAUAUUUUCACUAGUUUCCGCUCUCCCUUUUCCCAGCCCAUCCCCACACCCUGCAAGACACAUCAGAAUUGCCUAACAGAGUUUACAAUUGCCUAUACGUUGCAAGGGCUUCUUUCAGUGCAAAAUGCCACCAGCAAAUUAUAAUUUUAUCAGUGAAGCUGUUGCCUCCUCUUUACUGCAGCAAGAAAUAAUCUGCACAGUGUAUGAGUGAACUGUUUAUAACAAUCUCCUCUUA